AUGCGAUUUCUUACAUUCACUGUUUUGUUGGCUAUUUCUUCGCUAGUAGCAUCUGCGGUCUCCACUGACAAACAUGAUAGCGAAGGCCACAGCAAGGGCUACAGGCACAUUCAGGAUGCUAGCACAGGACGGAUUAAUCACACCGUCAGCCCCGCCUCCAACCCUCACAUCGAACCUCGAGAAAAUCACGACAUCAAGUGUGACCUCGGCAGCUCUGGCAACAGGAUCGGCAGUCAAAAGAACCUCAAGAAAGCCAUGAAGUGGCUCCGGAAGAAGCGAACCAAGGAAGUUGUCCCAAGUCUCGAUGCACACAAGUGUGAGACAGCUGUCUGCGCGUAUGGGACAAGGAUUACCUGGUGUAACGAUAACUCGAAUGAAAAAAUGCUGCCCUCAUGGAUCAAUGUCGCUGAGGGAGCACAGGUGAUUUUGGACCUGUGCAAGAAGAAGAAUAACGGGGUCCAAGGCGAGCUAAACCACAACGAUCACUGGAGGGUUAUUGUUACAGGUGGUCACGAGUGUUAUCUGCAAGCCGGGCCUGAGCAGCCUGUCUAG